CUAUCUCAUUGUAGAAAUGUCUGACGCUCCGAAAACAGGAGGAAAGCAGGCGCCCAAGGUAGCCAAAAAAGGUGAAAAACGAGCUGGUAAAAAAGGCGGCAAGAUCGCCGGUACAGGAGAUAAGAAACGCAAGAAGAAGAGACGCGAGUCCUACGCCAUUUACAUCUACAACGUGUUAAAGCAAGUGCAUCCCGAUGUCGGAGUUUCGUCUAAAGCGAUGAGCAUCAUGAAUUCGUUCGUGAACGACAUUUUUGAAAGGAUCGCGUCUGAAGCUUCGCGACUCGCCCUUCAAAACAAAAAGUCUACAAUCUCUUCGCGUGAAAUUCAAACCGCCGUGCGCCUCCUUCUUCCCGGUGAAUUGGCAAAACACGCAGUGAGCGAAGGCACCAAAGCUGUUACCAAGUACACGAGCAGCAAGUAGACGUGCUACUACAAAAAGGCUAUUUUCAUAGCCACAAAUCUUUAUAAAAACGGCGUUUUGCUCAUUAGAACAAAAAAGCCUCUGAUAUAGUGUGUGAAAACAAACGCGAGAUCAUUCUGCUAGCUAAACUGAAAUAUGUUUCUCGCCCUCUUUUGUUUUCUAAAAAAUGACUUAAUAAGAAAAACGAACUUCCAUACCAUCUAUACUAUGUAA